CUCAAUUUUGCGUCGCCCAACAAGCAUUGUUGUUGUGUUAUGCUCCGGGCAUAUUAUUAUCCUCGAGUGCAAGAAGAGUAUCUAUUGCGACUGUUCCCGUAUCCAUGCCUGAAGGACACAGCCUCGUUCGCGACCGUGCGGAAGAAGGACCAGAGUCUUAAUAUUCAUGAGUCUUUACAGUCCACAUACCCUGGGGGGAUAUUCCGCGUCGCGGCAAAGGCGGAUUUCCCCGCAGAAGGGAGUAAAUCAUUUCGCACCCAGACGAUGUGCUGGGCCCUCCUAUUAAAGAGGAUGUAAACGAGCAAAUGAGGCUGCCGUUUAAUAGUGUCGUACCGAUCUAUCUAGGUGCCCUUUUAUGAUACUCAAAUCGCCGGGCCUUCCACUCGACAAACAAUGUUGUGCACGCAUGUUAUCUUACUCUACAGCUUGUAUGCUUCGUAUGGACAGAUUAGCCUCCUA